AUGGCAACUGCAACUCUUAACGGCUUACUGCGCCUACUUGUGACUGCAAUCAUUGCAAUAGGCUGUUUUGUGACUGUUUUCCUCAUGUAUUUUAAACCGUCAGGUAACUGGCUUGCAAAGCCCAUUGAAUCAUCAACACUACCAAUUCAGAAGGAAGUAGAAGAAAAUAAGGCUCAUAAUAAGACUAUAGUUCUAUUAUGGAUGUGGCCUUUUGGUCAGUCCUAUGAUCUAGACACUUGCAGCACCCUGUUCAAUAUUGAAGGCUGUUUUUUAACAGCUGACCGAGACCUAUACAAUAAGUCAAGUGGGGUCAUCAUUCACCAUCGAGACAUAAAAAGUGAUUUAUCAAAUCUACCACCAUUGCAGCGCCCACCUUUCCAAAAGUGGGUGUGGAUGAAUCUAGAGUCCCCGUCACAUACUUAUAAAAACCCAGGUCUUGGAAAUAUUUUCAAUUUGACUUUGAAUUAUAGGCAAGACGCAGAUAUUGAAGUGCCUUAUGGGUCAGUUGUAUUCAGCCAAAAGGAGGGGGAAGCUUUCGUAUUGCCAAUUAAAACUAAAUUGGUCUGCUGGAUUGUGAGUAACUGGAACCCUGACCAUGCCAGAGCAAGGUACUUCAAUGAAUUGCACAAACACAUCGAGAUACACACCUAUGGAAAAGCCUUUGGAGAACACGUCAAUGAUCAAGACUUCCUGGACACAAUAUCCAGUUGUAAAUUCUAUCUUUCGUUUGAGAACUCGAUUCACAAAGACUACAUCACUGAAAAGCUGUACAACCCACUAGCUGCUGGAUCUGUGCCCAUUGCUCUUGGGCCACCUAGGCAGAACUAUGAGAACUUUGUGCCUGGAGAUGCCUUCAUACAUGUGGAUGAUUUCCUCUCUCCCAAAGAGCUGGCUAACCAACUCACACUGUUACAUACAAAUGAACAAAUGUAUCUGCGGUAUUUUGAGUGGCGCAGACAUUUCAAUGUCAAGAGGUCACAUUUCUGGGCUGAACACACAUGUCAUGCCUGCGAUUACAUUAAAAGACACAAUGAAUAUAAAGUUUGUAAUAACCUUGACACUUGGUUUUGGGGUUGA